CUCUUUUUUCUUUUCUUUUUUUUUGUGGUUUGUUAUGAAAUUUUAAAAUUUUUUUUUUUUUUUAUUUUUUAUUCUUUUUUUCUCUUUUAAUUAGGGCCAUUUCCCUUUGUUAUAAAUAUAAAACCAUUUCUGCCUUUUUCAUAAUUUUAUAGGAUAUAUAAUAGUUAUUAUAAACUUCAAUUAUUAUUUAUUCAAACUUAUCCGACGCUUACCUUUCUCCAUCGUAUCGGUAUAACUUCAACUGCCACAUUAUCAUCCACUUCCCUUGAAUAUAGUCAAUUGCCUAUAAUCUUUCCCUGGCACCGUGAUUUUAUUAUUUUUCAUUCCGGAUAUAUAAAAUUAAUUAACUGUUUUUCAUCCCAUUAAUAACCCCUAGUUUGUUUAUAAAGACAAACGAAUACACUUCCUAUUAUACAUCACUUAUAGAUCAUCACACUUUCAUAUCAUCCAAAAUCAUAUAUACCCCAUAAUUCAUCAUGUCUCAUGAACAAGAAAAUAGCACAGUCGCAGCCGUUGCGGAUAAUGUAGCCGACGUUCAUGAUGAACAACAAGAACAACAUUUUGAUCAUACUAAUUCAUCCCAAAAAGAUGAUGAUUCAUCAGAUGAACUUACUACCACUAAUCCAGAUACUUUUGUUGGUAAUAGUAGUACUCAUAGAACUGGUACUGAUGAUGAAGAUUUAGAAAAAAAUGAUAUCGAACAAUAUGAUCCAAUACCAGAAGGUGGUGAUGAAUUAUCAAGAUAUGAAUCAAAUGCUCAAUUAUCAAGAAGUUUAUCAAGAAAAUUAACUGGUGCUGAUAAAUUAAUAGAAGAAGCUAAUAAUACGGAUGAACCAUUACCUAAAAUGGGUGGUGAUCGUCCUUAUCCUCCUGCUUUACCUGAUAGAUCUCCUUAUGCUGUCCAAUUUGAUGGUCCUUUGGAUCCUCUUCAUCCUCAUAAUUAUCCUCUUUGGAAAAAAAUCUUAUUUACUGCUUCAGUUGGUUUAGCUGCUUUAUCUGUAUCAAUGGGUUCCGCAUUUUUCGCUGAAGGUCAAGAACAAUUAAUGGAAAUUUAUCAUAUUGGUUCAACCACUGCUACUUUAGGUACUUCUUUAUUCGUAUUUGGAUUUGCUUCAGGUCCUGUUAUUUGGGGUCCAUUAUCUGAAUUAUUCGGUAGAAAAGUAGUUAUGGUUCCUUCAACUUUUGGUUAUGUUUGUUUUUCAUUUGCAGUUGCUACUGCCAAAGAUAUUCAAACUAUUAUGAUUUGUCGUUUCUUUGCUGGUUUUAUUGGUGCCGCUGCUAUUGUGGUUGCUCCUGCUGUUAUGGCUGAUUUAUAUUCCGCAAAAGCUAGAGGUACUGCUGUGGCUGUAUUUGCUAUGGUAUUAUUUGGUGGUCCAAUGUUAGCUCCUAUCUUAGGUGGUUUCACUGUAAAGAAUUCUUCAUUGGGUUGGAGAUGGACUUCAUAUUUUUGUGGAUUAAUUGGGGUAUUAUCAUUUUUAAUGAAUACUUUUAUUUUAGAAGAAACUCAUCAUUCUAUUAUCUUGGUUCAAAAAGCUGAAAAUUUAAGAAGAAGAACUGGAAAUUGGGGUAUUUUUGCUCCUCAUGAAGAAGUUAGUCUUUCAUUUAAAGAAAUUGUUGAAAAAAAUAUUUCAAGACCUUUAGUUAUGUUAAUAACUGAACCUAUCUUGUUAUUAAUUACCAUUUAUAAUGCUUUUAUCUAUGGUAUGCUUUAUCUUUUCUUAACUGCUAUUCCAUUAAUUUUCAUUGGUAAUUAUCAUUUCAGUCAAGGUGUAGGUGAAUUACCUUAUUUAUCAAUGUUAAUUGGUAUUUCAUUUGGUGGUUUUACCAUUAUCUAUUUUGAAAAGAGAUAUAAUUUAGCUAUGGAUAAUAAUGGUGGUAAACCAGUUCCAGAAGAAAGAUUACCUCCUAUGAUGGUUGGUUCAUUUUUCUUUGCUGCCGGUAUUUUCUGGUUAGGUUGGGCUGGUGAUUAUGCUGAUAAAGUACAUUGGAUUGUUCCAACUCUUGGAGCUGGUUUCAUUGGUUAUGGAUUAAUUUUAAUCUUUUUACCAUGUCUUAAUUAUAUCAUUGAUUGUUAUUUAUUCUUUGCUGCCUCUGCUUUAGCUGGUAAUACCUUUUUAAGAUCUGCUUUUGGUGCUGUUUUCCCAUUAUUUGCCAGACAAAUGUUUGAUGCUAUGACAAUUAAGUGGGCAAGUACUUUAUUAGGUUGUGUGGCUAUUGCUAUGAUUCCUGUUCCAUUCUUAUUUUAUAAAUAUGGUCGUGGAUUAAGAGACAAAUCAAAGUUUGCUUUCGUUUUAUAGAUCAUCCUUAAAAACAAUCAUACAUCAUGAUCAUUCAUUCAUUCAUUCAUUUUAUAGAAAAUAAGCAUCAUCAAUUCAUUUUUAAAUGCAUACACAAAUAAUUUAUAAUUAAUUCCUUUCUUCGUGUCUCAAACCAUUAAUAUUAUUCAUUCUUUCAUACCAUAUACGAUUUUAUCUGAUAGCAGAAGAAACAAUAAACUAGUCUAAUAAAUAUAAUCUCUUUAUUUAAUUAUAAUAAAAAUCAUAACAUAAUAAAAUCUUAAGUA